AUCGUCACGCACAGGUGAUUGCGCCUGAGGUUGAGAAGUUGGAGCUUGGUUAUCAUGGCUAAAGCGAAGUCGAAGCCCACGCCAAAGCGGCGCGCUUCGUUUGCACAUGAAGCCGUAGAGAAAACUACUCGUGGCCCCGCAGCAAGUCCUCCGGCUGCGGGAGAACGGGGCAAGCCGAAUCUGUCUGAUCUUUUUCAGGGGCGACUGGUAUUCAUUAUGAUAUAACUAUGUAGAUGCACGAACUGAAGCUGCGUCUCUAUUCUGGAGAGGACGGCUCAUUUACCUGUAUGGCAGACUCAGUUACCACGUUGAACUUCCAUGGAGCUGAAAUAUAGCGCAGCUAGAAGAAGACGCCACCAGCUCCGCAUCCACUAGAGUCUCUUUUAGCUUCAUUGUAAAACGAAUGUAGUGCAUCAUAAUCAUUUUUUUGCAUACGUACUUGUUGGGAGGAAUCAGCUCGCAUUCUCUUCCCAGGUUUCGCGCGUUCCAACCGAUAUGUGGGCGCAGAUGAGCUUGGGACUGGCACAAGGAUCGGCUGAGGCGAAUGGGAUUAAUUCGCAGAUACAGCAACUUAGAAACUUCUUGCAGCGGGUGACAGAUCACAGCCCAAGUGGUUUUGUGGAUAUUCGAUCAAGUUUGGAGGAAAUUCAGAGUGGUUCUACGGAGGCGCCAUCAUAUCAGCGAAUUCUGGAGAUCAGCACGGAGAUGCCAGAGGUACUUCCACGCUGGGACUGCUUCCUUAUUGGAAAAAGCGCGCGCUCGAAGUCUUUAUCUUUGUGAUUCACUUUUACCAUAUAUACUUACUUGAAGAGGACGCUUGAUUUUUUUGAGCUGGUUUCUGUUUUUUCACGAUUAGGACGCAACUCGAAUCAAUAUCAAAACCAAAAUGGAAUACAUAGGAACCUUCGGACGAUGGUAUGCGUGGUAGUUCGGCUAUUUCAGACGCAAAGUUUGCAGCUGUAUCGAGUACACCUACACAGAGCACGACGGCAGGUGCGUCGCAGGAUGAUGAUGAACUCGACUUCAUGAGUGAAGACGAGGAGGAAGGAGAAGGCGCGGGGGCCUCUACCAAAAUGAAGAAAGGGCAACUACGCAGAAAGAGCUUCGUGCAUCCAAUGCGAACCGCCGACUUUCACAUCCCGUGUCAAGGUUUUCAUAAGGUAAUGAUCUGUUUUUAACUAUACUAAUACUUGCGCCAAGAUAUGUUUGGUUCAAUGUUUGAGUUUGACUGUGCGCCUUUUGGCGUUGUAGUGGUUGAAGUAAGUAGUUGUGCUUGUAGUUGUAUGUGUAUCCCAGGCAAGGAUAGAACAGACCAAGAAUCUUUCUUAAUGAAUACGAAGAACAAUGCGUCUUGCUUCUUAAGUUUAUAAGCCGCAAUCUGUCACCCUCCAGGUGGUAAAGGGCAUCAUCAGGAUGAUCGAGGAGGAGCAGGAGGAUGAGGAUACUUAUGGAAAGCCGGGCACUACUCGUCUAGGGCGAGAAACGAGCAAAGUCUUACAAGAAGGCGUAGAGCAGUGGUGGAUGGAGUAUUGCGAGGACCUAGCGCGCAAAGAGGCAGAGGAGUCUCUGAAACGUGAAGCAAAAAAGGAGAAACGUCGCAAGAGUCAAACCGUUACGAUAGGAAGAGAGUUGGUAGUCAAGAAGUCAUGCGUAGAGCAUGAAAGAAAUACUGAGUGCCUAUGUAUAUAGUACUUAUUCAUGUCGUCAAAUCCAGCCACUUACUCUAAAAGACUUUCUUUUAGAUUAUAUUUGAUUUAUUGGAACUGGAGCCAUGCGUUGAGUCUGAACUUGUAGAAGGGAGCUCCAGUUCUUUUGUUUUGGUAGUUCUUUCAAGUAGACAGAGGCGCUACGGAUCUACUGAUUGUGAUGUUCUGUCUUCUAACAAUGCCGCGGGGAGAACUUCGUCAAAGGCAGGACAAGGACCCGCGUCCGAAGGUCCCGACGCGCCUGGCUCUGCCGCGGCUUGAGUUUCGAGAUCGGGAUUAGCGCUAGUCUUUGUCUUACUCGAACGACUACUAUAGAACCAGUGUUGUGGAUGGGACAGCGAUUUUCAGCGACGCCUUGAUGGGCAGGAUUCGUUGGCUGGAUGAUCGUGAUGGGUAUUGAGGAUGAAAGUAAAAACGGGUGGGAACCUUUCUUGGAAAUUAGAGCUUGGAGCAUGCAUCUUCUAUCAGUCCAGUGGACUCAUGAUCGUUACUGUGGAGAAGUUUUUCUGAUUGCUUUUGCCGUUGAUCAAUAGAACAGCUACUAUGGAUAUAGUUGAAAGACGCAGAUACUUCUAGAGAGUGCAGGUUGCUCACGCAGACUAAGAAUUCUGAACGUUUCUCCUCCAUUUAGUAUUAGUUGUAACCUCCUCUGAAAUUAAAGCCUUGAGUGCAGCCUUCCGGUGAGCAUUAGGACCCAGAGCAUUGAUUCUUUUUCAGAAGCGGGCAACAAGGAA